GGCAACGUUUUCAGUCGCUUAAAGUCCCAUCACUGUACUCUGUUUUGCUCAGAUAAGGAAAGACAAAACAAAAUGGUAGAGAAAGAGAACGGGACAGCUCCGCGUCCGUGUCUGAGCGAAUACGUGGAUCCAUCGAGUGAAGAGACUCAUAGAUACUAUCUUGCGCGGAGAAAUGCUUUCGAGAUGCUCCGAGACAGAGGCUACGAAGUCGCCGCCGAAGAUAUCAAUCUCUCCCUCCACGAUUUUCGAACUGUUUACGGCGACCGUCCCGAUGUUGACCGUCUCCAUAUCUCAGCUCAACACCGCUCCGAUUCUUCUAAAAAGAUAAAGAUUGUCUUUUGUGGUGCUGGCAUGGUUAAAGUCAACGCAAUCCGCAGUAUAGCAGCGGAUGUGCUUAGCCAAGGAACCAUAACAGGGCUGAUAAUAGUUCUGCAAAGCCAUGUAACCAAUCAAGCCUUGAAAGCCAUCGAACUGUUUUCUUUCAAAGUCGAAACAUUCCAGAUAACCGAUCUGCUAGUCAACGUAACGAAACAUACACUGAAGCUACGACAUCAGGUUUUGGAUGAUAAAGAGAAGACAGAGCUUCUCAAGAAGUUCAGCAUCGAGGAAAAACAGCUUCCUCGGCUUUCAAAGAAAGAUGCGAUCGUACGGUACUACGGAUUAGAGAAAGGACAAGUUGUGAAGGUGAAUUACAGAGGUGAACUCACGGAAUCGCAUGUUGCCUACCGAUGUGUGUGGUGAAGAUAAAUCAACAAAAGCCAUCACGUGUAGUUAUUUUCAGAAAAAAAAAAUAACUUGUUUGUUUUGUAAGGUUUUGUGUUUUUUAAUCGUAGACUAGAGAAGAAGAUCCUUUGCUUUGAAACCAAGAAAAAGUUAACAAAGAAAAACCUAAAGAUCCUUUGCUUGUUCUUGACAACA